GAAUAAAGUAUUGUGCCCGUUGAAGACUCGAAGAUUCUUGUGGAAUGAACUGUUCAUUGUUUGACUACACAGAAGCUACUACGGAUAACGCGCAGUGGUUGGUAGUAUAGGUAAUACUAGCUAGGUUACCUAGCUACCAGCUACUAUAGUAGCCAUGUGGCCAUGUUUGUAUGUAACCAUGGAGAUGGUAUGCACUUGAAAGUUAUGUACUUGAAGAUUCAGUGAUUGAUGCCACAUUAUUACCAGAGCUAAGAUGUAAAUGAAAAUUCCUCCUGCUACAUUCCAGCAGAGAGCAUAAUGUCUCGUUCAGGAAGCUUAGGAUUGGAUGUCGAGAUCCUUCGCCGUUUGAGUAGUGAUCGCUUAGUAAGAGUCCUUGAAGAUGCCCCAGGAGCAAAAGACCUCAUCAUUGAUGGAGAAUUGAUGAAGAUGCUUGAUCGCAUUGCUGGAGCAACACUCUUGAGGAAACAUGGUGUUCAAAAGAUGUAUCGCUUGGAACGACUCCCUCCUCCUAUUCAAAGCUCUCAGAGAGUCUAUGUUGUGAGACCAACAUUAGUCACUAUGAAAUAUGUUGCUGAUCAUGUUCAUGCUGAUAGGCAAACUCAUCCAGAAAUAAGGAUACAUGUAGUAGUUGUACCUAGAAUCACUACUUGGGUUACUAGUCUGGUUGAAGAGGAAGGACUCUUUGGAAUUAUUACUAUGCAUGAAUUCACACCAGACUUUAUUCCAUUGGAUGAUGAUUUACUUUCUCUUGAAAUGAACAGCUUCUUUAGAGAUGCUUUUCUGGAUGGGGAAUACUCAGCCUGUUUAAGUAUUGCUCGAGCACUUCAGACUCUUCAGGGGCUUUAUGGAAAUAUUCCAAAUGUUGUAGCACAUGGGAGAGCAUCUAAAGCAGUUCUUAAUGCCCUUGAUAUCUUGACAGAGCAAGGUUCACCAACGAAGUCAAAUCGUACCCCCGAUAUUGGACAUCUUUUUGUGUUUGAUCGUGAUGCUGAUUAUGUCACACCACUACUGUCACAAUUAACUUAUGAAGGGGCAUUAGAUGAGUACUUUGGCAUUCAUGCAGGAGUUGUAGAGUUUCCUGAAGUGGUAGUUGGAAAAGACGCAGCUCGCAAAGUACCCUUGAACAGCAAAGACACAAUCUAUGACAAUAUAAGAAACAGGCACUUUGCUGGUGUUUCUAGCUAUCUCAUAACAAGAGCUCGAGAAGUAAAGGCUAAGAAAGAUCAGGCACAAAAUAUGACUACUGCAGAAAUGAAAGAUUUUGUUGCAAAUGAACUUCGCACCUUGCAGUCAUUGCAAAAAACUUUGCAGUUGCAUUUAAGUGCAUGUGAGGAAAUUACCAAACAGAUGCGACGUGAUUUUGACACACUACUUAAAACCGAGCAUGGACUUGUUACAGGAGCAAGUAAUACCAGUGAAGUUCAAACAUUCCUUAAAAACUGCAUUGCAAGGAUGCUUCCCAUAGCAGCUAACUUACGCCUUUUGUGUCUUUAUUCAUUAACUCAAGAUGGUUUUUCCCGUCGGGAUUAUGAAACUAUUAGCACUGAAUUAAUGAAUGCAUAUGGCCAUAAGCAACUCAUAACCCUGUAUAACCUUCGCCAGCUAGGCUUAGUAUCAUACUCUGAUAGCACCCUAAAUAUUGUUACUGGUGCUAGCAGUAAUAUCAGUAAUGCUCCUUUACAAGGAAGACUAGCCCAGGUGACAUCAUUAAUUCCUAAAAAGGAUUCAGGAUGGAGAGCAGCAUCCAAACGUCUACGUCUUAUUCCAGAUACUGAUAAGCCUGUAGAUUUACAUAACCCUACUGACAUGAGCUAUGUGUUCAAUGGUGCUUACACUCCUGUUAUCCCAAAGGUAGUUGGAGAUGUGCUAUCUGGACGUAGCAAUCAGUCCCUUGCAGAUACUCUAAAGGUUCUCCCUGGAACAUCUGUCUUACGAAGUGCUUCACCAGGAUCUGGUGUUGUUCCAAGAGUUGCAUUAGUGUUGGUGCUGGGUGGUUUAACUUUUGCUGAGAUUGCUGCUUUUAGACUGCUUGCUCUCACAUCCAGUACUAGGAUCAUCUUAGCUUCUACAAGCACUACAACUGGUACAGAAUUAAUCAGUGCAGUUGUAGAGAAUUAAUUUUUGCUGUUGUUUUUAAUACAGUAUAUACUACUUGAUUUUAAAAACUUACAUACCAUUGUUAACAUGUCACACUUUUACCAUGUAUUGUCAUGAAAGAUUCUGUUAUCUAUAUUUUGUUAUCUUGAAGUAUGUGUUCACAUUUUAUAAAAUACAAAGUUGAGUGAUGGUGUUAAGAGAUUGGUUAAGUUUAUACAUAGUGUUUAGCCAACGACCUGAUUGGAAUUACACCAUUCAAUAGUUA